UAAUUAUUUUUAGGUCUGUCAAAGCCUUUCAGGAGCUACUCUAUGUGAAUCCCGACUUCCAACGAGCAAAUGAAGUUCAUGUUCGUCUCGGUUUUAUGUUUAAAGUGAUUGGAGAUUAUGAGAAAUCUCUGAAACAUUAUAAUUUAGCAUUACUUGAUCAAACGUCAUCGUGUACUUUUACAACAUUAGAAAUUAAAUUUCAUAUUGCACAUUUGUAUGAAGUACAGAACAACUAUAAGAAAGCAAAAGAAGGAUAUGAGCAGUUGCUUGGUGAUAAACAGCUGACACAGCAACUGAAAGCGGAUGUUUUUAGACAAUUGGCAUGGAUGCUUCAUUGCAUUGAUUCAUUAGGUGAAAAACGGCAACGUGAAACUAUAGCUAUCAAUUGUCUUCAAAAAUCAAACGAAUCAGAUCCAAAAUCAGGUCAAUCACUUUACCUUCUUGGACGUUGUUUUGCUGGCGUAAAUAAAGUUCAUGACGCUUUUAUAGCGUACAGAAAUUCAGUUGAAAAGAGUGAAGGAAACGCAGACACAUGGUGCUCUAUAGGAGUACUUUAUCAGCAACAAAAUCAGCCUAUGGAUGCGCUUCAAGCGUACAUAUGUGCCGUACAAUUAGAUAAAAGUCAUUCAGCUGCUUGGACAAAUUUGGGAAUUUUAUAUGAAUCGUGUGGACAGCCACGUGACGCUUUUGCUUGCUAUUUAAACGCAACAAAAGGUGAUAACAACAACUCAAAAGAGAUUCAAAACGUGUCAAUUACUUCCUCAUCGAGUAGUUUAAAAAAUUGUGUUACGACGAGUGGAGGAAAGCCACAAAGUUUAACGCAGAGAAUUAAAUUCCUGCAACAACAUCUGUCGCAGGCUCCUAUGCCAUCAAUCACAUCGAAACGUCGCCAGUUACCUUCAAUAGAGGAGGCCUGGAAUCUUCCGAUAUCGAAUGAAAUGAGCUCGCGACAACAGCAAAAUCAGCAAAGACAGCAGCAAUAUCAGAAAGGGUUUGGUCAGCAAGCUAAUGUAGCUGCUCCACCACCCUACCCAUUACAGGCGGGGAAUAAUGCUAUACCAGCAAAGAGAUUUAAGCCUGGUGAGGAACCGGUGCCCCAACAACGUCCACCGUUUUAUCUCACUCAGCAGCAACUUCAGAUGUUACAUGUUCUUCAACAGACAAGAAAUCUUACGCCACAACAGCAAAAUGAUUUGCAACAACUUACACAUCACUGUAAGUUGAUGCAGCAACAUCAACAACAGCUUAGAUUACAACAAGCACAAUUAAGAGCUGGAACUGGACCUGUACGACCUGGACAACCUCAACAAUUUCCUCAAGGACAAGGAAAUUUCCCACCACAGCAACAACAUCCAGGAAAUAGAACUCCACAAGGUGGAACAACAGCUCAAACUGGCUUUGUGAACGAUGGAAACUUUUCUCCAGCAACUGGGCAUACUCAGCAGACAGCUGGCAUGCCAUUUAAAUCUGCUGGUGGAUUCCAACCACAACCAAUCACAGCAGUUGGAAAUAAUCAAGAUUUGAAUGUUAGUGAUCAAGAACUUCAAGCAUUGUUAUCUCAGCGCGAUCUCACAACAACUUUCGCUGAGAAUAUUUUGAAGCAAUUUGAAAAUGAAGAUCCAAUUGAUUCAAAGACGAAACUUCAUGAAUCAUUAAAUGUUGAUGCAAUGAACAACAAUCAAAGAAGCUUAAAAUCACCGACAAUUAAAUGUGAAGCUACAUCAACUGUAGUAACACAAGCACUGCUUAAUAAGCAUGAUAUUAAGUCGGAACCGGUUGUGAAGAUUGAGAAACUGAUUGAGUACAACGAUAAGAUUCAAUUUAAUAAUCGAAUGUCAGCGAAAGAGAUUUAUGAGGCGGUGAAAUCUGGUGAUGUAACCGAAUGUCCAGCAACGUGUUCGAUUUUGGCACCUGAUACACCACCACCCACUCCACCUGAGAUUCCACCUCAGAAAUUAUUGCGUGAGCAACUUCAACCACCAACACCAUCAGUAUUUUUAGAGAAUAAAAAGCACGCGUUUAGUCCACAAUUACAAGAGUUUUGCUUAAAGCAUCCAAUUGCAGUUGUUAGACAAAUGGCGUCAGCUUUAAAAUUAGAUUUAGGAUUAUUCUCUACCAAAUCACUCGUUGAGACGAGCCCUGAGCAAUCAUGUGAAGUUCGAACACAAUUAAAUCAAUCAGCUGAUGAGAAUUGGGAUCCGCAACAUAAAGAGAAGGUGUGGGGUUGUGUAUCACAUCGAUCACAUACAACCAUUGCAAAAUAUGCUCAAUAUCAGGCGUCAAGUUUUCAGGAAAGUCUCAAGGAAGAACGUGACAAGAAUUCAACGAUUGCAAUAAUUCCCAACUCCGAUUCAGAUUCGAAAGACUCGUUUACGAAUGGUUCGAAUGGAAAGAAGACAAAGAAGCUGAAAAAUGGAGCGAAAAUGUUAAAGUUCGGCACAAAUGUCGAUCUAUCUGAUGAGAGAAAGUGGCGCGCACAGUUGAAUGAGUUACAAAAGCUGCCACCAUUUGCUCGUGUCGUUUCAGCAUCAAAUAUGUUAUCACAUGUUGGUCAUAUGAUAUUGGGAAUGAAUACCGUACAACUUUAUAUGAAAGUGCCCAACAGUCGAACGCCGGGACAUCAAGAGAAUAAUAAUUUCUGUUCAAUUAAUAUAAACAUUGGACCGGGUGAUUGUGAAUGGUUUGCCACGCCUGACUCGUAUUGGGGUGGAAUUCAAGCGCUUUGUGAGAAGAAUAACAUAAAUUAUCUUCAUGGAAGUUGGUGGCCGGGACUUGAGGACCUUUAUGCAGCUAACAUUCCAGUUUAUCGAUUUACUCAACGUCCUGGUGAUCUUGUUUGGGUUAAUGCUGGAUGUGUGCAUUGGGUGCAAGCAAUUGGAUGGUGCAAUAAUAUUGCAUGGAACGUUGGGCCACUUACAGCACGUCAAUAUGAACUUGGCGUUACACGUUAUGAGUGGAACAAAUUAGAAAGCUACAAAUCAAUUGUCCCAAUGGUCCAUUUAAGUUGGAAUCUAGCAAGAAACAUCAAAGUAUCUGAUCCUAAAUUGUUUGAUUCAAUCAAGAAUUGCAUGCUACAAACUCUCAAACAUUCAAUACAAAUUCUUGAGUAUGUGAAAACAAAGAACAUCGAUGUGAGAUUCCAUGGUCGUGCUAAGAACGAAGCUUCGCACUAUUGUGGACAAUGCGAGGUUGAAGUGUUUAACAUUCUUUUCAUUCGUGAACAAGAGAAACGUCAUGUGGUUCAUUGUAUGGGAUGUGCCAGGAAACAGUCGCCGUCACUUCAAGGCUUCGUAUGUUUGGAAGAAUAUAAAUUAACAGAGCUCAUGCAAAUUUACGAUGCAUUUGUACUUCAUCGUCCAGCACCUCAACCGAUGUUCAUGCCUCCACCUCAAACACCUCAACCAAUCAUGCAACAUCAGCAAGUUCCAUCCGUUUCAUAAAUUAUUUUACAUACGAAAACAAAAACAAAUAAAAUUACAUAAAAUUAAAGCAGAAGAAGAAAAGAAAGGACCACGAUGUAAGAAUAAAAGAAAAUGAAGAAAAAAAAUGUGCAAAAUGAAAAACGAUUACCUCAGAAUUUUUCUACCAACAAACGAAGAAAGAAAGAUAAAAAAGAAAUCUAACAAAAAAUGAAAUGCGGCAGGAAGUUAGAAACUAGAAAGCUUCACUGUAGAAAUUCUUCAAGUAAAUCCAAUUCGACUGUGUUCAUCCAACAAAAGCAUGAAAUUUCAAGGACUUUUAGUUUUCCGGCUUAAUUUAUAAAAAAAAGAACGACUUUAUGUUAUUUUUAACUUUUUCACAUUUCCUGAAGCAAGAUUAUGAAUUUCUUGCUCUCAUCAAAAGUUAACAAGACUAAAGAAAGAAAAAAUCAUUUUUAUCGUUUGCUAAAUAAACCAAGAGAGAAAAUUAUUAAAAAAAAUAGAAUGUAAGUAAAAAUCGUCAUUUUUUCUACUUAAACACUGCAUAAAAAAAAAGAAACUCGAAAACAAGAAAAAAGAACAGCCUUUAAAUGAAUUUUCCUUGUCGUGCCUCAAAACAAAAACUUAUCAAAGAAACCUUAAUGAAGAUUGAAAAACGUUUUCAUAAAACGUUGAGAGGUGAAAAUUCAAGAAAAAAGAUUUUCUAUGCUUUCAUUAAAAUGUCGAUGAUAAUGAAAAAGAGGUCACAUUUAGAUAUUUUUACCGUGGGAAUUUAUUUUCUCGUUCAUUUAUUUGUUCUUUGACAUACAUAUAAAAAAAAAUUAGGCGCUGUGCGUCGAUGACUGUCUGAAUUAGAAGAACUUCAGUCAUUUACAGAAUGGCUCCGUCAUAUUAUUGUGUUCGUUUAUUCUUGUACAUAAGAUUACAUUUAAAAUAAUAUCAUGUUGCAUAAAGAAAAACAAGAAGAAGAAAACCACCGCUUUUGAUAAGAUGAGAAGAAUCGUGAAGGGUUGAAGAUUUGUAAAUUUAUCAUGAAUACGAAUGGAUCUCACACGAGGAUGAAGUCACUUCUGUCGCUUAAAAGUGAUUAGAAGUGAAAUCUUUCAUACCAUUUUUUUAUUUUAAAUUUUAUUUUAUCUGUAGAUGUCUUUAAAAGAUAAAUAUAAAUAAUUGGCGUACACUUGAGAUGAAGCUUCUUUCAAUUAGAUUAAAAUUCAAUCAUAAUAAUAAUAAUAAUGAUGAUAAUUUAUUAUAAAAUUUUGAUGCUUCACUCAACAUGAACACACGAGACUUAACAAUUCCAUCAAUAAGUAAACAACAUCAACUUUAUUUCGUUUUUUUAUUACGUAAAAGAGGAAGAAAAAUAAAAUUAAUUCACAAAAGGUGCUCAUUUAGUUUUUAAUGGCAAAUUAUUCUGCCAAUCUCCGUCUUGAAAUAGUUUAUUAAUUGUGUAACUUUUUACGCUUUUCUUCUGACUUUGUAUUGUUUUAAAUUCAUCGUGUAAAUUUUUAAAAGGAAAGAAGAAAAAGGACGGAAAGGAACAAACAGAAAAAAACCAAAUUUUCUUUAAGUUAAAAAACAAAACGAAAAAAAAAAACAAUUAAAAGUUGAAAAAGGGAAUGUUGAGGGCUUUGUUGAUUAAAAUUGUGUGCAAGUGAGCAAUUUAAGAAAAGCUCGAAAUUGUGUAGGAUUUUGUUGUUUACGUCAAAAGCUCGAUUAAUUGUUCACGUAAGUGAUGUUAUACACUACGUUACGUACGUAAGGUUUUAGCAUGAAAGCAGACGUAACAUAAGAAUCCUACAUAAUUAAUGAAAAUGAAUGCUGUAGUUGUUCUAAGAAUGUUUAACUCAUAAUCGGCUAAAUAAAAAAUAUUGGAAUAAACUUUCAAUCAACUACGGACAUAUUCAAAAUUUAUUCUCUCUAAUUAAUUCGAUUCUAUAAAACAAAACAAAGAACCUUUAUUGGAUAAAUAAAUUCUUAGACGUUGAGAAAAAUUGUAGGAAAAAUUAAAAAUGCAAAAACAAAACGAUGAAAAACCAGUUAUUCACUGCCAAGAAAAUGAAUGUAAUAACAAUAACAAAAAAUCUUUCCGGACUCGGCUGGCCCUCGAUUGGCUUCGAUUGAGUGAAGGAGUUGUAAUCGGUAAAGUAGAAUGCAUUGUAACUUAAGGAAAAUUUCGGUGGAAAGCUCUAUGGCGACCCCAUUUCUUUGUAGAUUUAUCUCCCCAAAAAAAAUUAUGUUUUUUAUGUAACCUGUAAAAUAUGAUUGAUUUGAUUGUAAUCAACGUUUUCUUAUUAGUUAAAAGAAAUUUUUUAUUUUAUGCUCUAAAAGCGUGUCGAGAACAUGUUUUAGUGUUACAAAUUUCAUAAGUUAAGUUAUAGUUUUAAUUUGAAUUUCUCUAUCGAUAAAAUUUAAAUAAGUGAUAAUUGAAUAAGUCUCCUAGUUUCGAUUUAGAAUGUAUUUUAGAUUUCAAUUUUGAUUUGUGAAUAUUAGGUAUUCUCGCGAACGACGUUUAAUGUUUAAGUAAAUAAAAAUUCUAUUAUUGAAAAAAAAAUUAAAAAAAAAUUAUGAACAUACUUAAUUAAUCCCAAACUUCACUACAUUUAUUCGAAACCGUUUUGUGACGUAAUUAAACACAUUUAAAAGAAAAAUAAUUUCAUGAAUACAGAUGAAUGAUGAAAAUGAUCAGCAAUAAAAUGCAAACAACAAAAUAUUUUGAAAAACCAAAAAAAAAAACUUAUUUUAUUAUUCCUUUGUUCAUUCUACUCCCAGGUAGAUUUCUAGAUGCUAAACACAAGAAAGAAUUAAAUCCCAACAUGAUAAAGCAAAGGUAGGUAAUUAAGUUUAAUUAUUGUUUAUAAACAUCUGAGGUAUUCAUUUAUUAACAGUGGUUGGUAAGACGUACUUGAAACCAAAUUACGGUUGAUUCAUUUUAAUCGAAGUUUUAAAUAUAAAAAGAACAAGGAAAGG